UGGCUAAUCUGCAGGCAGGCUCAGCGUCAGGUAAAGUAGCAUAACUCACUGCACUAAAUUGAACAGCUAUUUUGUUGUUAUUUUGUCGUGUAUGUAGCUGCUGUUGCUAAAUAUAACAACGUUGCUUCUUUUAAGACGCGGAAUUUGUUUGGUUCACUUUUUAAGGAUUCUGGUGGCAACUUAGCCACACGUGAUAACACAAUUCUCUCUCAAACAAGGAUACCGUUACGUAAUUUAUGUGUGCUACUAUCCACUAUGUAGUGGCAUAUAAAGUCCACAAGAUAAUCUUAAAUGGUACAGUUCACUAAAGUAAAGAGGCAUUAGCACCACCGGUUGUUCUGACAUUUUUCUUUAGUGAUCAGAGGCGGAGCCAUCAUUUCAAAGGGUCUCAUCCAACUUUAGUUCCCAUUUCACCAUGUGUCCAUGAAAUAUUCAUGUCUGCUCAGAGCCGACAUACAUGGCAGAUUAAUAUAAUAAGAGCUAUCAACUGGUGAAAUUGGCAUCAUAUUUUCCCUGCCUUAUCCAAAAACAUGCAUUUUAGGUUCACUGGAGACUCUAAAUUGUCCUUCGGAGUGAAUGUGAGUGUCAAUAGUUGUUUUAUCUAAUAUGUGCCCGGUGAUUGACAGGUGACUAGUCCAGGGUGUACGUCACGUCUCCCCUGAAGUCAGCUGGGAUAGGCUCCAGCUCACCGUCACCCUAAUGAGGACGAGCAGUAUAAAAAUGUAUGGAUGUUUGAAAAUAAUGCUGAUGUUGUUCUCCUCUCGAGGGAUGUUGCGACGUCCCAAGCCGACAGACUCGGAGGCAGACCUCCUGAAGGAGCAGCAGGAGUUCAUCAAGUCUGGAAGUCUGUCUGCUGCUAGCGUGGUCCGCCGUCCUGACAAGAGGAGAGGCGAGGCAGGGGGACAUGCAGAGGAGGCUCAUAAUGAUCACAAUACAGAAAGUCAGAGGGAUGUCGUCACCAUUGAAGAUCUUCCGGACGAUCUUCCCUCUUUGACACCGGCGCCUCCCAAAAAGUCCCGCUUCAAAAACAGCCGUGUCACCUUCGACGAUGAAGAUGCCGGGGAGAGGUUGGAUAGGCAUGACACGCACAUCAGUGCUGUGCUCUCCAAGAUUGUUGAGCGAGAUACCAGUGCCAUUCCAAUAUCUCUACCAGAAGUUACUGGCAUGGCGUUCCCCAAAGUACUACACCGCUCAGCCACCAGCACUCAGCAGGUUCCUCUGCCUGCCAUAGGUGGGAAAAAGAGCAUCUUUGCUCGUCAGAUUGCUGCUCAGAGACUAAAAGAAGGAAAGCUGCCAUUACACUCGAUGUCGCAAGCCCCACAGAAACCCAAACCCAGUGUGCAGAACCGUCCUACUCAGACAAGCAUGGAUAUAGAUCUGUGUGAUCACGCAGGCGAUUCAGGGAUCGCUCCAGUGUCAACUUCAAGGCUGGUGUCUGGUGAGAGACUUGGGGCCCCAAUCAGCUCAGAGGAGACCAGGAGGAUCCACAGGGAAAACCAAGAGAAGCUACUGGCUAUGUCUCAGUCUGAAAUACUGGAGGAACAGAAGAAGCUUCUAUGUCAGCUUGAUCCAAGGCUGGUGGAGUUUGUUCGAUCCCGCCGAGCUGAGAGCUCCUCACACAAACACCCAGAGGGCAAGAGCAGCGAGGAAAGUGUUCAUAUCAGUUCAGGCUCCUCCAGCGGCACUGCACCCUCUCCCAAACCCAAAGAAGUGGGGGUGGAAGAGGAGGAGGACGAGGGGCAGGAAGAAGAAGAGGAGGAAGUGUCUCCGCGAUGUGUUAUAAUUGAGAAAGAGCUGCCAGUGAGGCCUCAGAAGGACUGGGUCCACAUGGACCAAGUGGAGCCAGAUAAGCUGGAGUGGAUGGGGAACCUGCCUGCACCCAGAAAAACUAGGACCAAACAGGAAAUGCAGGCCCGUUUUGAUUUUAACGGAACUCUAAUCCCACCAAUGGAGGAUUUGCCCACCCACCUGGGUCUGCACCACCAUGGAGAGGAGCCUGAGCGUGCAGGUUAUUCCUUGCAGGAGCUCUUUCUGCUGUCUCGCAGUCAGCUCAUCCAGCAGAGGACUCUGGCCCUCAGCACCCUUGGAAACAUCGUCUCAAAGGCCCGUGCUGGGGAGUACCAUUCAACUCUUAAAGGCAGCAUAUUGUCUACUCUCCUCGACGCUGGGCUGCUCUUCCUGCUCCGCUUUGCGCUGGAUGACGGCGUGGAGGGAGUGAUGGCCGCCGCCGUGCACGCACUCAGAGCGCUUCUGGUGUGCACAGAGGACGAGGAGUGUUUGGACCUCACCUUCUCCUGGUUUCGUGGCCUGGCCUACUUCCCCCUGCUGCCGUCUCAAGAGGAAGAGGAGGAAGACGACGAACUGGUGGAUGAGAUUUUGCAAGUGACGGCCAAGGAGAAGGAAGAGAGGAAGACUGAUCAUGAUGUGGCCCGGCACGAUGUUGUCAAGGGUCUCUUGAGGAUGAAACUGCUCCCCAGAUUACGUUACAUCCUCGAGGUGGUCCGACCCUCUCCAAGGGUGGUACAGGAUAUUCUGGAGGUUCUGACUCGUAUUGCCAGACACUCCUCUUCAUCUGCCACUCAGGUGUUGGACUGUCCUCGUUUGAUGGAGACGGUGAUGUCCGAGUUCCUUCCCACAACCUGGACAACACCGUCUUUGCACCUUCCACAGUCUGUUUAUGGACUCCCUCUGGCCUGUGCCAUGAAGCUGCUAAGGAUUUUGGCUACAUCUGGCAGACAUACAUGUGCCAGACUGUUGAACUCUUUCAGUGUGAGGGAACGUCUGUCCCGUCUUCUCAGUGCUGAGCCCAGUGAGCUUCUACUGGAACCAUACGAGGCUCUCAGGGUCACAACGGAGGCCUACAGGAUGUGGGCUGUAGCGGCCGGCUAUGGCCAGGCCUGCGACUUGUACAUAGACCUGUAUCCAGCAUUAGUGAGGUCGUUGCAGUCAUUUCACAGAACGCUGGCUCCUUCUGAUCCUCUGUUGCAGCCACAGCUCCAGCGGGUUCUGGCUCUGCUCGCUCUGCUUAUUCAGGUCACACACACUGCCGGUUGCCACCAACAACUGCACGCCGGCAUGGUUAGUUCUAGAGGAGAUGAAUGUCCUCCUCCUCCUCCAGUGUCAUGGGGUCGUGUGACUGGCUUACCUGCACCGCUAUUGGGCCAUUUGAAGAGUUUUAUAAAAGGCCUUGAUAAUCAAGCACAGAAAGAUGUCAGUCUGACUCUGCUGCCAGCUUACCUGCUCUACUUUGCGGCGUUCUAUCAUCAGCUCACAAAACAGAGCUGUUUCAAGCCAGUGGAAACACUUUAUGAACUGGAACAGCUGACAUCUGAAGUUCUUCUCCCCCUGAUAAACCACAGUGUUGUGCAAGACCUCAUCAAGAACCUCAAAUCUUCCUCAGUAGUGUGCAGUGACCAGUCUAGUUCCGUACAUCCAGACACUUCACCCAGCCUUCCUGGUUUGGCCUGCCCAGGAUGGAGGAACCGUCUGGUGUUGAUGCCAUCCUCCUGUCCCCUCCCCCUCCUCACAGGCCUGACGCUCCUCUUGGAAACAGUCACAGGCAUCCACAAAGGUCUCAUGGGCAAGUUCACUGGCCUCCUCGUAUCAGAACCAGUGAUUGAUUACCUGCGAAGCAUCAGUCAGGCCACGCCAACCCUGUCUCACACCCAGGCCUGGCUCUUACGUCACGAACACCACCUCAUCUACCUGUUGGUGUGCUUGGCCUACCGAUUGGUUCCCAUCGAGGCCCAAGUUGCAAAGCAUGCCCCUCUCUACCACCAGGUGGCGCUUGUUCUUCUCCCGUGGUUAUUGCCAGGCAGUGAGCAUCUUGCUCAUGACCUACUCUCCACCAUCAUCUUCAGCAAGGACUUUAUAUCAGAGAGCCACAGUGGAGGUCCGGAGGCCAUCGAGCUAGGUGAGCUGAAGCUCCACGAGGAAACGAGUCAUCACACCUCUCCUUCGCUGCAAAACGUGGGCGCUCUCCUGAGAGAAGCCUGUAAGAACCUGCCAUCCAUCCGGGGCUGCUUCCUGACUCACCUGGCCCACAUGGAGUUAUCCGUGCUGGUGUCCCAAGAUGCUCUCCUCGGACGCAACCCCUGGAUUAAAUCCCACCUCCUUCCAGAGCUGACCGGUCCCACUCUGCCGUCAGACUGGCCUUUCCUCCCGCUUGUCAGCUUGUACGAGAAAGCAGGGGUGUCUGGCGGUGGAGGGCUCGCUGUGGAGCAGCUCCCACAUGGAGCUCUGCAGGCAGUCACUCAGUGUCUGCAGUGGCUGCUGGUGCUGGAGGUCUGGAGGGAGGAAGCCCUGAAGGUGAUCCUCCCAGUUGCAAAGGUGGCCCGCCUGUCCUGUGUGUUCCUGUGCUCCAGCGAUUUGUUCCUGGAGAAACCCAUUCAGAAAUUGACAUGGGGUCUGUUCAGACUGCUGACCAGGCCAUCCAAGCUGGACUCUUUGGACCUGAACGUCCCUCCUCCAGGUCUGGCAUCCUUCCAGGAUUUGUAUUCGGCCCUGUUGACUCAGUAUGAAGCCGUGUCCUUCGGUGACCGCCUCUUUGGCUGCUGGAUUCUGUUGCCCCUGCAGAGGAAAUAUAGCACCACCAUGAGGCUGGCCGUGUUCGGGGAGCAUGUGGGGAGUCUGAGGUCACUGGGUGUCACUCCAGACCAACUUUCCAUCCCGAUGGAGCGCUUCACCUCUCCACCUGAAGACUCCCUCCCGCUUGUGCAUCUCUACUUCCGUUCUCUUGUCAGCGGGAGCCUGAAGCCCUGCUGGUGUCCUGUCCUGUAUGUGGUGGCUCUGGCUCACGUCAACACUUUUGUCUUCUCUCAGGAUGCUGCCGCACAGGAGGUUGACGCAGCGCGGCGCAACAUGCUGAGGAAAAUCUACUAUAUGACGGAUGAGGUGCUAAAGAACCACUUGCUGUUCUUCCGCCUGCCCAAACGGGACUCAAAGUUGGGGUUUGACACAUAUGAGCAGUUGCCUCCCAUAAGAGCGAAGCAUCUGGACAGUGUUGUGGGUCUGCAGCGAUAGAGCAGAGAAGCAGUGAUGGAAGUGGCCCGGAAAAGAAAGUUGGACUUGGGAGCAGGUGUGCUUUUGUCAUGAUCUGAUCGUGUUUCUUUCCCAAUUUAUGGCCUUAUGUCUCAGUGACAACAAUUUUCCCGCUUAAAGUAAAAAGGGUGGAGCAUUGGUCAAGGCAGAAUCCACUCAGUUUUGUGUGUAUUUGCAUAAUGAAGGAUUUUUUGUUAUUUUUUAGCCAAUAUUGGAUGACUCAUCAUGACAAAAUCCAGCGUAUGCGUGGGUUGGGUAUGGGCCUGUCACGAACGAGUUGUUGCCGGUAAAUGAUAUUAAUGUCCGGUGACAUACAUUGUGGUCAUCUCUCGUUGUAUGUAUGUGUGCGUUUUUGUACAUUAGUGUGUAUUAAAAUUGUGGUCUGUG